AUGAAAGGAAGAGGAUUACGAACAAAUAGAAAGCGGCUCAAACACCUCGGCACCAUCACUUAUGCGAAUUGGGAACAUCUUGGAUGUCGAAUGCGAGGGAAAGGAGCUACUAGCUUCAACUGCUCGGAAACCAUGAAACUAUGCACAUUUGGUGGACGUCAGUUCGAUUGUUGUAAAUACAUAGAACCGAAAAUAACGAACCUCGGCAAAUGUCACUCCCUGGAUAUGCGAGGAGCUCGAGAAUGGAUGCAAAAGCAGACGGUCGCUGGCGUGAAUUCGGGACUUCAAAUAAUCCUCGAUGCACAUAUGGAGGAGCAAUUCGACGGCACAGGAGACGAUGCCGAUCCAAUCUUCUCGAAUGCGUUCGAAAACGGUUUUCGCUACUAUGUUCACGCACCAGAUACAAUACCUUAUCUGGUCUCAGAGGGAAUAAGUGUUUCGCCUGGAACGAGAGUGUACUCGGCGAUCUCUACAAAUACGUACGUGCUACUUUCGUCCGAAAACUGGGGAAACUGUAGUGAAAUCUGGCCAACAACCUACUCCACCAAACUUCCUUAUUCAUCGGUGAAUUGCGAGUCGUUAUGUAAGGCCAAGUACUUCUAUGAUCGUUGCGGAUGCAGUCCUUUCACGUACAAUAUCGAUGUUUCGCUUCCAAUGUGCACGCCGUAUCAAACCUUCCAAUGUAUCGAUCAACAUAUUCGAACGCAGAUCAAUGGAACUGAUUAUUUUCACAUGCCACAGUGUCAAGAAUGUAAAAUCGAAUGCAACAGUUUGGUCUAUCAUGCUUACAACUCUUAUGGACAUGGAUUUAGUCACGGCGCUUUGAAAUGGCUUACUCGCAAGAAUUCUGCAUGGACGAAAGCUCACAUGAGAUCUAAUUUCCUCACGCUGAACGUGUUCUUCCGCGACAUGGCCCAUACUGAAUAUCGACAAGUCCAAGCGACAUCACUUACAGAGAUUCUUAGUGACAUCGGCGGUAACAUGGGGAUGUUCCUCGGCAUGUCACUGAUUACGGUGACUGAGAUUAGUCUGUUCAUGUCGAAAAUUGGUUGGAUUGCAUUCUCAAAGAAGCGUAGAGAUUAUCUGUAUAACAAGAAGAAGCGGGAGCAGGAGCGUGAGAAGCAACUCGAGGAGACGGUGUCCACCUUCAAUAUGUUCCGGGUACGAAAAGAUGGCAGUGUCAGUGAUUCGUUCCGAGUGACACGUAACCGGCUGCGUACGCUCGGUCAACAAAUACGCAACAGUUUUCGUGACACGACACCUCGAAAAACUUCAUCUAUUAUGGAAAAAGUUGAAACGGGGACAUGUACCGAUUUGCCAGAAAAAGAGGAGCAAAAAAAUCCACAAAAUAGCAUUCCUAUCAUUAAGCCUCAUCACGGUAACGGCGCCCUGAACAAACCGGAAAGUAUGAUCGAACUCAAGAUUGAUUUACGUGACGUGAAAAAGCAAAUGGAUCGUGGUUUACCAAUUAGUAUUAAAAGAAGAGGUCGUUCGAGCACAGCACCACCGGCUCCACGAACUGUUCGGAUAGCGCCAUGGCGUGCGAAGCUCAGCACAUGCGUGCCGUUCUACACAACGAAUUCCAGUGAUCUGCGAGUCGGUGGCGACAUCUUGUAA